AGGAGGACCAAUCUAUUCCUAGGGUGCAGAUCAUCUUGUUGCCGUUUAUUUCUUCUCUCACGAAGAAUAAGCAUUUUGAUCGCAAGUUUUAAGUGCAAGCGAGUCCAAUCACAAUUUCAUCUCCACACACAACUUCCAACCAGCCUUGUUUUUUUAAUCACAUCUCUCAACUCUCUCCACUCUUCUUCUAGUUUAUCUAGAUUUUUUUUUAGCGAGUACUUCUACUUUCGUAGUUCUUUUUCUACCCCACCGACAACAAAAACGACUCAAAAUGGUGAUGAACAGCGCCUUCGUCUUCGUGAAGCCUCACGCCAACACCGACAAGGCCCGCGAGGUCGUCAAGGCUGGUCUUGAGGCCAAGAAGGUCACCGUGUUGAAAGAAGGUUUGAUCACUGGUAAGGAGAUCGAUGAAAAGCAGCUGAUUGACAACCACUACUAUGCCAUUGCCUCCAAGGCCACCAUCUUGAAGCCCGCACAACUCAAUGUACCGAAGAAGAUGUUCCAGGAUAAGUUCGGAAAAGACUGGGACGAGACUUUGGCUGCUGGAUUGAUCUUCAACGCCAAGGAUGCCUGCGAAAAGCUGGGCAUUGACUCCGAGGAAUUGAACACUAACUGGGCUAAGUCGAAGAAGGCUGGAAAGUUGGUCAAGUUCGGCGGAGGCUUCUACUGCGGACUGGUCGAUACUGUUGAAGGUAAUUAUAGAUACUUCUUACUAGUAGUAGGAGAAGAUGAAGAUGAGCACAAGUUGUUCAAGUAGUACUCGUUGUAGUAGCGCCACUGGUGGAGCCAGAAAUAUUAAGCGGUCGACACAUAUACCACCUAACCUGUCACACAUUACUAGUACCACAUACAACAAAAAGGCCGGUGAAAAGGAGAAGGAACUAAGGACAUUCAGUAGCAGUACUAGAAGAACUCUUGGAGAACAACUACUACCUACUCUACUAGUACUGAAAUUCUAAUCCUCCUUUUCAACCGUAAUUCUCUUCAGGUAAGGAUCCGAUCUACGUCAUGAACGGAUUUUUCAUGAGCAUGCGCAGCAACUACGUUGUCGAGUCUGCUUCUAUCUACUACUUCGUCGUCCAGUGGGACUCCAAGGAGCUCAGCUGGGAAGACUUCAGAGGUACUACUAUCUUCAGAAGCAUACGUACGUAAAUAGAACUGCAGUAACUACUGAAGAACAGUCUCCUUGGUACAACUAGUUAGAAGGAAGUAGGAGGAAAUUGAAGCGAUUGUGGCCCUGGAACUAUCUUAUGGUAGAAGUUGAUGAAAUCCGACUACUCGUACUACUAGUACACACCAGUACAACCAACCACUCGUGAUUGUCCAUGUCCAUUUUUUGUAGUUUUCCAGCAUCUGCACCUGCCAUUUACUGCUGUUUGUCAAGUAGCUAGAUCUACCACACAUCAGAAUCCUCUACCACGACUACUUACGUAAAUAAUAUGAAACCUCCUAACCCUAAGCCCUAGCGCUCAUCAACAUCAUAACCUAAAAUAAAUCGAAAAAAUUCCGACACAAAAUUCAUAAUUCCAACAACAUCAACAAGGUUCCGUCCUCGGCCCGACCGACCCGGUCACUGCUCCGGAAGACUCUCUUCGCGGCAUGUUCUACAAGAACUGGGAGUCCUAUGGUCUCUCCUCCAUCCCCAACGUUGGAGACAACGCAGUCCACGCCUCCGCUUCCCCGUUCGAGGCACUCGCUGAGAAGAUGAACUGGAUCGGCAUGAAGGCUGACGAGGAUCAAUUCGGUACUGAUUUAGCUUUUUGUUUAAGUAGAAUUCUUUCACGUGAUCAGCACUAAAACUAAUGGUUGUUCCUUUAUUGUUGUAGUUUGAUGUACAGCUCUAGUGGUCAAGGUGGAUAAUGAUAUAAAUUGCAAGUACAAGUGUUGUAGAUGUCUGCGUCGAUGUCGGGGUAGCUGAUGGUUGUCAGAGAUGCUGAUACUGGUUGCAAGAUCAGGGGAUAGGAACCACGUGGAUAGCCGAUUUAUUUUUACAUGGACCACUAGAUCAUGAAAUAAGACGUCACUUCAGAUAUAUUGCUGGACGGACCACUAUUACUAGGUAGAUGUAGAUUUUGAUCUUUACUGGCGUCAACAUGACCCACAAUUCAAUUCUUCACAUUGUCCACAACCGAUCAGGUCAAGCCCUCCUCAAGUUUAUGGAUACCAAGACCCUCAGCGAAUGGUCCAAGGAUGCACAGGUCACCUAUGGUCCAGUGCCGAUCAAGAAGUCCGUUUUCGACUCCGUUGAGGACACCGAUGCCCCUCAGUGCUUGGCGCUUUUGGGCAUGAUGUACGUGCAAUCCGAAAGCAAGGUCUUCGAUGAGACCUGCGCUAAGCUGCAGAACUUGCGUAUGGGCGCCUAAGAUGCAGAUGGGACUCCUGUCUGUUUUAGGAGUUCUUGAAGUUCUUGUGGUGCAGGACAACAUACUGAGGCGGAUUUCCGUUUCCACUUCAUCACCCGAUGAACACAACAUAUUAAUAGACAUGAGAAGCGACUACAUCUACAUCAACAUAGUGCAGAAGAAGAAGGUGGUGUAAAAUCGUUGACGGGUUGGGGAGGCCUUCUCCUCAUCUUUUCCAGGCUGGUGGACAUAAGGUGCACGUCGGACGCUCAUGACAUCAUCUUCAUGCAAUAACAUGAUUACUUCAACAAAUGUGUAAAGCAUAUUUUUUAGCUCAAAUAUCCAUAUCCUGAGUGCUUAUGAUUCUAGGUAUCAAGAACUGUGCGCCAUAACCACUAAAUGCAUUCGAAAUCACUUGUGAGGGGUAAACCUUGACAUUCUGGUUCUGCAUGGAUCAGAAGGCGAAGGGAGACUACGCACUCCCGAUGGAUAUCCAAGGUUCGUCUUCAUGAAAACAAAACAUGUGUACGGAAAGGAUCGUCAAAAAAGUGCAAAAAACAAUGAAACGACAAGGGAGCAGCGUAGAUGUGGCUGCCAUGACGGCCAUGAUCGGC